AUGGGGAUUUGCAUCGGCUGUAUUAUUGGACUUUUCCCUUUGCUGCUGAUGCCCGCGUGAAGGCAGAGGGCUCUGCGGCUGCGGCGGCACCAGCAGCAGCAGCAACAGCAGCAGCAGCGACAGCAGCAACUGCAGCAGCAGCAGCAGCAGAAGCAGCAAAUAAAGCAGCAGCAAGACCCUCAGCUUCUCCUUCUCCUGCAGGAAUUCGCAGAAGAAAUAAAUACACUAAAACAGAGGAAAACUUUGAGCCCAUUUCGAGGUGGUGGGAAAAGGAUUUGUCCCAGCUCGAAAAUAAUGUCGUGCAGUGGCAGUACCUGGAGCACCACGGCUUGAUGUUUUCUCCUCCUUACGAACCCCACGGGGUUUGCAUUCGCUAUAAAGGAGAAACAGUUUCUUUGCCUCCCGAGGCCGAAGAAGUGGCCAACUUCUGGUGCGGGGUGUUGGAGAGCGACUACGCCACGAAGAUAAGAUUUGUUCGAAACUUCUGGCGAGCUUUUCUUUCGAAAUUACCUGAAGACCAUUUAAUAAAAAAAGAUCCAAAACACACUCAA